AUGAACGAGACGACUCGGAAGGAGAAUGCACCCAUCACCCUCACCUUUCUCUCGACGGGUAGCGUGCGCGUCCGGCAAUCCCUGAAAAGCCAACCCAUGAGCAACCACUCAGUCUUGAUGCGCCGACUGCGCAGUCUCACCGACUGCCAGUGGUCCGAAGCGCUCCCCAUCGGCCUCUUCGUCAUGCACCAUCUGGACGGGCCCAUCCUCUUCGAUACAGGCGAUUCACCCCUCUGGAACACCCCCGGGUACCACUCGAUCCUCAGUGUGACAAAGUUCGUCAGCCACGUCACCAUCGGUCCCGAAGACGGCGUGCUCAGCCAAGUGCGCGCCCACGGCAUCGACCCCACGACGCUGCAGGCCAUCGUGCUCAGCCACCUGCACGGCGACCACACGGGCGGGCUGAAGGACCUGGCCGAGGCGGCACCGCACGUGCCAUUUUACGUGAGCCGCGAGCACUGGGAGGCGUUCGGAGAGCACCAGACGUAUGCAAAGACGCAGGGGUGCACGCCGCAGCACUGGCCCGAGGGCUUUGCACCAAAGAUGCUCCAGUUCGAGGACUGCGCCGUCGGACCCUGGAAGCAGUCCGCGAAGGUGACGGCAGACGGGCAGAUCUUGGCCGUGCCUACGCCUGGCCAUGUCCCGGGCCAUAUCUCGCUCGUGGUGUUCAGCCACGAGCACGAGGCUACAUCGGCGACGACGCCGACGACGACAACAACGUACUUCCUGGCAGCUGACGCGACGUAUGUUAUCGAUCUCCUGGACAAGGAGGAGCCGGACGGCAUCAAUGACGAUCCCAUGACUGCACUGCAGAGCAUCAGGAUGAUCAAGGAGUUCUCCCGCGAGAGGGAUGUCGUUGUUUUGCCAAGUCAUGAUCCCAACACGCCACGGCUCCUGCGGGACCGGGUUGUGUACAAGCCUGCUUCUUGA